CAUGAAUAGAAUCGCCCAAGGCAAACAAAUAUGGCCGCUUACAGUAAAUUGACGGCAAGAAAUUCAGCCGUCGCAACGGCAGCCCUAGCGGCGUCAUACUUUGCCUAUAGAAAUUAUUUGGCGAAGAAAAAGAAGAGAACUCCCAAAGAAGAAAUCAAAGUAGUGAUACAUGAGGCUGGGGCUUCCAAGAAGGAGCGAGCUGCUGUAGACUCGGUUUUCUUUAAGAGAUUACUCAGAAUCUUGAAAAUUCUUGUACCUGGUUGGUUUGUGGCAGAGACAUGGUACCUGUUACUGGUAGCGGCCUCGCUGAUCAGCAGAACGUACGCCGAUGUAUGGAUGAUUCAGAACGGAACAGCCAUAGAAAGUGCAAUCAUUGGAAGAAAUAUGUCAUUAUUUAAAGUCCAUUUAUUCAAGUUCAUCUAUGCAAUGCCAGCAAUCUCUAUUAUAAACAACUGCUUGAAGUAUGGAUUAAAUGAACUGAAACUUCGAUUCCGUAUUCGUCUGACAAAGCACCUGUAUGACAGAUAUCUGAGGGGAUUUACUUACUACAAGAUGAGUAACCUAGAUAACCGUAUCGCCAAUGCUGACCAGCUGUUGACACAAGAUGUUGACAAAUUCUGUGACUCUGUGGCAGAGCUCUACUCCAAUCUAAGCAAGCCCUUGUUAGAUGUGGUCCUGUACACAGCCAAAUUGACAGGUAGCAUCGGGGCCCAGGGACCAGCCAUUAUGCUUGGUUAUCUGGUUGUGUCUGGUUUGAUCCUGACUCGAGUUAGACGACCAAUUGGAAAACUGACGGUCCGGGAACAGAAAUUGGAGGGAGAGUAUCGCUAUGUGAACUCUAGACUCAUCACUAACAGUGAAGAAAUUGCGUUUUACCAGGGAAAUCGACGAGAACAAACCAUAAUACUUGCAACAUUCGAUAAACUUGUUUCACAUUUGAAAGACUUCAUCUUUUUCCGGAUGCAAAUGGGUUUUGUAGACAAUAUCAUUGCCAAAUAUAUUGCCACUGUGUUUGGGUAUCUAGUGGUCAGUCGACCUUUCCUGAACCUGGCUCAUCCCCGCCAUCUCAACAGUUCACACAGUGAGAGGCUCGAGGACUACUACAAAAGUGGACGAAUGUUAGUGAGGAUGGCUGAGGCGAUUGGUCGGAUUGUGUUGGCAGGGAGGGAGAUGACUCGAUUGGCCGGAUUCACUGCACGUAUAACAGAACUCAUCAAGGUGCUAGAUGACAUCAGUCAGGGACAUUACGAGAGAACUAUGGUGUCAGACCAGAAUGGAGGUAAAGAGAAGACUUCCAGUAAUCUAAAACCCGGUGAUGGAAAGAUAAUCAUCCAAGAUCACAUCAUCAGGUUUGAUAAAGUGCCAUUAGUGACCCCUAAUGGAGAUGUUUUACUGCAAGAAAUGAGUUUUGAGGUGAAAUCAGGUGAAAAUGUUUUAGUCUGUGGACCAAAUGGAUGCGGGAAAAGCUCUCUAUUCCGUGUCUUAGGAGAAUUAUGGCCACUUUUUGGAGGAACUAUGACAAAACCAGAGAAGGGAAAGUUGUUCUAUGUCCCACAGCGACCCUAUAUGACGGUAGGAACUCUACGAGAUCAGGUCAUUUACCCAGACUCACAUGAGGAACAAAUCAAAAAGGGAACCAAAGACUCGGACUUACUGGACAUUCUCAGCAAGGUCCAGUUGGAGUAUAUCCUAGAGAGAGAAGGAGGAUGGGACUCUGUUCAGGAUUGGAUGGAUGUUCUGAGUGGAGGGGAGAAACAACGAAUUGCUAUGGCCCGUCUGUUUUAUCAUCGGCCUCAGUUUGCCAUUUUGGAUGAGUGUACGAGUGCAGUUAGUGUGGAUGUUGAGGGAUAUAUGUACCAGUAUUGUAAAGAGGUUGGCAUAACUCUGUUCACUGUGUCUCACAGGAAGUCACUAUGGAAACAUCACGAGUACUACCUGAAGAUGGAUGGGCGUGGGACUUAUGAGUUUGGUGAUAUUACCUCAGAUACCACAGAAUUCGGAUCUUGAUGUUUCUCGCCAGCUGUGAUAUAAACAGACAAUUCUCUUGUUUUAUUAAACAUUAUAAACAAACCAGUGCAUGUUUUGUGAAACAAUUUAUACAUGAUUUAUAAGAUAUUAUGUUUUAAUAUGAUUUGAUUUUGAGGUUUUAGCAUAAGAUGUAUAUAAAAACAUACAUAUAAUCAUAAGUCACAAAUUCAUAAAUUGAUAAUUAAAUGUAUUCCAUCAUUGAGUAUAUGGAUACAAUGUUUGUAAAUUCUUUUUCAAUCUGUGAUUGAGAACUCUUGUCUAUCAUUUAU